GUCUAGGUGUAGGUAUAUUAAACGACAACAUUGCGAAUUUUAGAAUUAUAAAAGAGCUGUGAUGUAACAAUCGCCAGUGUUUUGGUGUAUCGACUCCACAGCAAAUCGUCGACUCAAGUUCAGGUUCAAGUUUGUUCAUAAUUCAAAAAAUGGCUGAUCCUAAGCAAGUUCCAAGUGUAACCUUUAAUAAUGGCAAGUCCAUUCCAAUUGUCGGUUUGGGAACUUGGCAAGCACCGGCUGACGGCUCUCUAUACAGGGCAGUAAGAGGAGCUAUCGAUGCUGGUUAUCGUCACAUUGACUGUGCCUAUGCCUACGAGAACGAAGAAGAGGUUGGAAAGGCAAUUAACGAUGCCAUCGGUGACGGAAAGGUCAAAAGAGAGGAGCUUUUCGUCACUUCGAAAUUAUGGCUAACCUUCUUCCGUCGCGAUAGAGUUCAAAUAUGUGUAAAGAAAAUCCUUUCCAAACUGAACACUCCUUAUCUCGACCUGUGCCUAGUUCAUUGGCCGAUGAGUUUUGGCGAUAGUGACACCACAUUGCUACCAACAGGAGACGAUGGCAAUGUUGUACCCGGAACUAUUGACUACUUGGAAGCCUGGCAGGGAUUGGAAGACUGUGUCAAAGCUGGUUUGGUCAAAUCCAUUGGCAUUUCCAACUUCAAUACGAAACAAAUUGAAAGAUUAUUGGGUUCUGCAACCAUUAAGCCGGUCACCAAUCAAGUCGAAAGUCAUCCAUAUUUGGCUCAAGUAAAAUUGAAGAAGUUCUGCGAAGACAGAGGUAUUACGCUCACAGCCUAUUCUCCACUUGGAAAUCCAGGUUCUCAGGUUAACACCGGUUCCGAUAAGGACAGGCUUCUUAAAGACGCAGUUGUUACUAAAUUGGCUGACAAGUACAAGAAGUCAGCUGGUCAUAUCCUUCUAAAGUUCCAGGCUCAACGAGGUGUCAUUGUAAUACCGAAGAGUGUCAGUGUCGAGCGCAUUCAAUCCAACAUCCAAAUCUUUGACUUUGAAUUGACCGCAGCAGAGAUCACCGAAUUAGAGUCAUUGGACCGCGGCUACCGAACAUGUGACUUCAACGUAAAUGGUGUUCCUAACUUGCCCAACUUCCCAUUCAAAGAUCCAAAUGAGGUUUAACGUGGCAACGGCAAUUAACGUGUCAUUUGUUUGUAUCGAUUGUACUACUUUGAUUCAAUAAAAACACUUUUACGCAAUCUGCA